UAUGUUGUGGUGUGUGAGUACACAGUGUGCAGUAAAUGGAGUACAGAGUUUCCUCUAUCCUGUGUAGAGUCUGAACAUCUCAAGUGGCCUUGCUUUCUCAUAUUGUAAUAAAAGAAGGCCUUCAUUCAUCACUGCUUGAAUCUGGGAACAUGCUGGGUCUACUUGAUAACAGGUUUUACCGUCAGGAGGUCGCACUUGGAAAAACUGGAAUUUGCGGAGAUUAAUUCUUGCUGCAAUGGGCAGGGAGGGCCUAUUCGCAGUCCUGUACGCUGCCUCGGCAGUCUUGUCCGUCGUGACGGUCGCUGCAUCCACCACCGUGUGGCUCCACUGGAGUGAGAUCCUGGACAACUGCGCCUCCAGAUACUGCGGCUGCAUACUUAAUGGGGAGAGUUCACCCAUCAUGUUUAGUGGCGGAGAAAUCCAGCUGUGCCAUUUUGUGUCAUUUGCGCCGCUGCCUGUUUUUGCAAUAGCUCUGAUUUUGAGCUGUUACUACGGCUAUCAGGCCUGCAUGUACAAGAAAGUAUCCAGAAGGACUUCUAAAAGAAGGAGCGGCAGGAGUGUGGCAGUGGCGAGGUCGGCGGCGGAGGACCCGCAGGCCGGAGGCGGCCAGAUGGCGCUCUCGUGGUGGCUGGUGCUGCUGGUGACGUCAGUCCUGUGCGCCGUGCUGCUGCUGGCCGCUGCCGCCGCCCUCACGGCGGGCUACCGCGCCUCGUGCUCGCAGUACCGAGAGACGGCGGUGCGCGAGCUGGCCGCUGUGGGGGACGCCGCCGCCGCCGUCUACGACCGCCUCAGCUGCGGCGCCAUCUUCGACAUCAUGGACUUCGUGGAGCCCCACACGCGGCCCUUCCUCGCCAAGGUCGGACAGGAGGACUACUACCCGCUGUCGGAGCAGAGGGACCGCUACCGCGGGGACCCCGUAGACACCGGCGGCGCGCUCGUCACCGCCAUCGUCAGCUCGUGGCUCAACUCUGUGGUCUGGCUGGUGCUGGUCGCGGCCGACGUGAAGCUCUACGGACGCUGCAAGUGCUGCUAGGCUCCGGCCACUUACUGACCGAUCAUCGACUGAGCGCUCGAGGGCUAUUUUUUAUAAUGCACUAUUCCAAUAUCGGCAUUUUGCCAUUUUGAAGUGGUCACGUUUGAUAGCAACUGACACUGUCGAAGGACCACACAGUGACAUGCGCAGUAGUUCGGUGUUAUCUAUAAUAAAAGAUGCCAGAAACAGUAACGGUGUUUGUAGCCGACGUCAAAUUUAUAUUGUAUGUAGUGUCGCUCUCGCUAAUCGAAAGUUGUGAUUCCAGUUUUCAAAACCCUGACAACAUCCAAACACACCAUCUCGGAUGCGAUUUACAACCGUAUCUCACUCCCAAAUCUCUAUUACGACGGUCCCAUUCUUCCUCCACAUACUCUUUCCUUGCUCCAAGAAUCCCACGACUUCCCUCCACGCAAAAAUCAAAAGAGUAUAUCAUCUGCUGUCUUUCCCUCCCUCCUCCUGCUCAUUGCGUCAGAAAUAGUCCACCAAUCAGCAUUACUCUUACAAAUGGGGGAAUGGCUAAGCGGACCAAUCCACAAAUAUAUAGCACCUGUGUUAGGCAUUUACUGUCCACUUGUGAGAACUCUGAAACACCGCACCAGGUCCAUCAAAAAAAUGCGUAUGCGAGAGAUCCCUCAAACAACACAGCAGGUUUUGCUUUUAAGGUGAAAACGCAGGCCGUUAUCCCUUUUCUCUGGCAAAGACUGCUUUGGUCCGUGGGCGGUCGACCGGCCGGCGCAGCUGCGAGCUAACUCACCCUCCUACGGACUUUCCAGCGGGCUGGCUGCCUCCGCUGAACAAACACUCCUGUGGCCAUCGUGUCUUGAAUUUUUGUGUACGCCAGCCUCGACUUUUUAAUCUCCGUGUACACUUGCGAUUUAUUUAUUAUUGCAUACCGAUUAAAUGGAUAUAUGUAAAAUUGACACUACUCUGUCGAGUUUGGGCUUGAAUGAAACAUCUUGAUAUGCACAAUACAGUGGUGAGGUCGGAAUAUGUAAGAAAUGAAGGUCAGGAGACCACGCCACCUUACUCCCCGAACGUAACUCCUGCAAUAUGCUGAUGGCACUGCCUACCUAACCACUCAUCAUACCCUCCAAUGGCCCUGAAUCUCCUAGUUGACUGAUGUAAUACGUGGAAACUUCAACUAAACCGGCAGAAAAGCCAGGCCAUCAUCUCGGGUCAUACCACUCGACGUUUCCAUCUUCCAGAUUUCCAUCGUUCCAUCUACAACCAACUCAUCCCUUUGACUAACACAGAAAAGUAUGUAAGGACUAACUCUUGACAGAAAACUAAUAUGCAAACCACAUCUCCUUACCAUCCAACAUAAAGCCCAAAAUCGACUAAAACUACUAUCAGGCUGCAUUUGGGGCCCACAUCCUUCUACCACUAUCAUCAUCUAUAAAUACCUCAUCCACACCAUCCUAACCUACGCUAAUGUUGCCUGGAUCUCCACCUCGCAUAAUUUCUGUAAGUCCCUUGAAAUCGUGGAAAGACACACAAUCUGCCUCGCCUUCCACAUCCACCUACCUUCCCAAACUCGCAUCCUGUACCAACUCAUCCAUUUCCCCACACCUUCUUCUCUUCCUAGAGAACCUUCGGAUUCCAUAUAUUAAUCACAAAACCGAGUCUCAGCAUCCAAUUUCCCAUCCACUAAACACCAAUCCAGGUACCCAGCUGCGCCACUAUAUCCAUAUUCCACCUUCUAUGCACCUCCAUGCCUUAUCCAUCCCCUCCUGCUGGAAUUUGAACCAACUCCCACUCCAGAACUAUGAAAUCCGUCCCAAGAUAUACCCCAAUCACAACGCCCCACCUCAGACCAUCCUCCAACUUUCUCUUUUCCCCUUCAUCCACCUUGCUCGCUCCUAGUUCUACAGAGCCCCAUAGUCAUACUCAUCAUCACACCUUCAUCAUGCAACUUGUUCACGUGACACCUAGCCAUCAUUCACGUUCAAGAGUGACUGUGUUUUAACUGUAAAAUAAAAUGUCAAACGAGUUUUAAAAACCAUCAGUACUUUCGUCUAUGUGUAUUUUACAAAUCAUUGUUUAGUGUCACUUGUUUUUACAGAAAAAUUGCCACUGUCGUCCACCUAUGUAUUUUUUACAAAAUCAUUUGUUAUUGUCACCUUUUAUAUGCUUUAACAAUUUUUAAAUAAAAUUUUUAUAACUUUUGGCUGAAGAGCGGUUUUUUCCGCUGCCAGCCCGCCCAACACUAAAGAAACAAAAAUCACUAGCUCUCAGUGUAGAAUCUAUACAGGUAUACGUUGAGCCAAUGGGUGUGGACCGUGUGAGAAUGAUGUAUACAGUGUGUUAGUACAUUUCCGUUACAGACUUAUAGGAUUUGUAGAUGGGAGUGAGUGGAUAAUAUUUUGAAUAGGAACCCAUGUCCGGAAACGUACCGUUUCCGUGCUACACCCAUUUGAAAACAUGUUGGUAAAGCGGCCACUUUUACAAUUAAUUGGUUAGGUGUGACCCAGCGCAUCACUUGUUUUACAGUUCCACUCAUUAAUAGCCAGAGAAAUUUCUCUUGUACUUGUUGACGGGUUCUUUUCAACGUGAUACAGUAGGGCCUCUUCCAAUUCGGAUAUGCGGCGUCUCCUUGGAGCACAAGAGUUACGUCUGCUGACGGAGAAGGUACCCUUUCUCGACACCGUCACGUAAUUGUGGCGGAAAGGGUAAGCAAUGAAGUCGGACGUUGUGGAGAAGGCGAAGCAGCUCCUCCGAUACCGUGACCUUAGCCGAUCAGAAGGGUCAUGUCAGUGAAUUCUCCAAACAUGUGUUCAACCAUGUUGCUGUAACGCUCACAGACACGUGAAUAAGGCUCGUACCAGGUCAGAGAGGUACGACUGACGUCAAAAGACAUUAGACGAUCCCAUGUAACCAUCCCUCACCAUGAUUACCCUGUUACAUAGCCAUCAAGCAAACAUGUUUUCAAACGCCUGUAGCACGGAACCGGUACGUCCCCGGAGACGAGUUUCUGUUCAAAAUACUAUGUACUUACUCCCCUCUACAAGUCCUAGAAGCUUGUUACUGUAAUUUCCGAACACCCUUCAUGUAUUACUGAUAUUUUGAAAUUUUUGACAUGUGCUUAAGCAUAUAUUUUACUUAACAGUUCACUUGACGAUGAGUAAAUGAGAAACCACAAUAAUGUAUUUCAAAAAUAAAUAAUUUCUACAUUA